ACGCUGGGUGUGAGUGAUGUGUCCUUUCAAGCAUUUGUUCUUGAGGUUGUGUAUUUGGCGCGUAUUCGAAUUCGGGUUGGAGUAGGUCAGUUCCAACGCCCCUUCACACACCUAAUUUUAACCCCUGUCGGAUACCACUUGGAGUGUACAUCAGGGACUAAGGAAUACCGCCAGAAUGAGUGGAUUUGUGAAAAAGGUUCAACGGCGAUUUGGGAUUCAUAAGGAUAGCUCCAGAAAGGCUAAAUUAGCACACGAUUUGCUGAACUUUCAGAAGUGCGUGGAGCAUGGUUUUCCUCACAAGCCAUCCGCAGUAGCACAUGACCCCAAGCUUAAACUGCUAGCUCUUGGAACCAAGUCUGGUGCUGUCAAAGUUUAUGGCGCCCCUGGUGUUGAAUUGUACGGAACCCAUGAGAAUGGGUCUGCGGUCAAGAACCUCUACUUCCUGCCAGAUCAGGGUCGCCUGAUCAGCAUUGAUGUGGAUAACCACCUGCAUCUGUGGGAGAUAAACGUCAAGGAUAAUGCAACAGUCUUGGAGGAAGUGAAGAAAUGCAGUGUUGGUGCUGAAGAAGGCCACCAAAGCCAAGUCUCUGUCUGUUGCCUCACCUCAGAUGCAGAGACCCUACUCAUCGGUACCGAGGGCGGUAACAUCCUCCAAUUGGAUGUGCCCACAUUUGCUCUGAGAGAGAAGGUCAUCUACCAGGAUGUUAUCAUGCAAGGAGUUGCUGAUGAUUUCAAGCUGAGCCCAGGCAGUGUUGAGGCCAUCGCACAACAUCCUACGGAGCCUAGCAAGUUCCUGAUUGGUUACUACAAGGGUCUGAUCGUCUUCUGGGACAACACUGAGUCCAAGGCCGAACACACGUACAACGGUAACCAACAGCUUGAGUCGCUGGACUGGCACCAUGAUGGCAGCCAGUUCAUCAGCGCACACAACGAUGGGAGUUACAUCAUCUGGAACAUCAAGCCGGAGAACGAGACCCCUGGAGAGACCAUCAAGCCGAGCGAGAGAGCAACAACCCCUUAUGGACCAUUCCCAUGCAAAGCCAUCAACAAGAUACUGUGGAAGACCGCCAAGGGUGGUCCUUUCAUCAUCCUGUCAGGUGGGAUGCCCCGUGCGAGUUACGGUGAGCGCCACACCGUCUCCGUCAUGCAGGGUGUCAACCAGGUCGUGUUCGAUGUCACAUCAAAGAUCGUCGACUUCAUCACCAUUGAUGAGCAGGGCACUGGUGAUGAGAGACCAGAUGUUUGCAACCCGCACACCCUGGUGAUCAUCGCCGAAGAGGAGAUGAUUGUUAUUGACCUGUCUGCCGAGGGUUGGCCUACGUUUCAGCUGCCGUACCUAUCCAGCAUGCACUCGUCUGCCAUCACGUGUGCUCAUCACGUCAGCGGCGUUGCCGAGGAAACGUUGAAUAAGAUUAGUGAGGCUGGGAAGUCCCUGACUAGCAAGCACACAUCUAGGGCUUGGCCAAUAACUGGAGGUCAAGAGACUGGUGAAAAUAAUGCAACAAGAGACCUACUCCUUACAGGCCAUGAAGAUGGCACGAUCCGUUUCUGGGAUGCAUCCACCCCUGAUGCCAAGCUCCUGUACAAACUGAGCACAGCCGAUGCAUUCGAGAAGGAAGAAGGUGCCGCUGAUGCUGCCAAUGAUGGCGAUGAGGAGUGGCCCCCAUUUAGGAAGGUUGGAACCUUUGACCCCUACAGUGACGACCCGAGGUUAGGCAUUCAGAAGAUUACUUUCGAUGCAGUUUCCGAGACCCUCGUCACUGCCGGUAGCGCCGGCCAAGUGGUCGUCCUCAACUUGGCAUCUGAAUCAUCCACGUACGAAGUCAAGACCUUCGCAUCCAAUAUUGUCAAUGACCGCGACAACUUUGUGUGGAAGGGCCAUGAAGCUUUGAACGUUCAGGGAGGUGACGUAACAUUCCCCGCUGGAUUCCAGCCGACUUGUGUCAUGCAGAUGAUGCCACCAGCCGCCUGCACAGCCAUCACCAUGCAUGCUACCUGGCAGAUAAUUGCUGCUGGCACAGCCCAUGGGUUCACUCUAUUUGAUUAUAACCAGAAGAAAGAAAUUACCAGCAAAUGUACUCUCAACCCACAAGACCACACUGGCGACCCCAACCUGUCGCGAACCAAGAAAUUCACCCAGUCACUUCGUCAUUCCAUCAGACGGUUGAGGGACCGUCGUCGUAACAAAGCCGAGAAGAAAUCACCGAAGGGAUCACCAAAGGGAUCGCCCAAGAAAUCCUCAAAGGAAGUGAGUGAGGCUAGUGCUGCAGCUGAGGUCAAGCCAGCAGAAGGCGAAAAAGAACCCGAAACGAAAGAAGAGGCAGCCGCCAGUGAGGAGAAGAAAGAAGAGGAGAAGAAAGAAGAGGAAAAGAAGGAAGAAGCUACUGGAGGAGAGGAGGCUGCUGCAGCCGCCCCAGAACCAACCCCAGUCGCCAAAAAAGAAACCAGUCCAGUUACUACACCAACAGAACACCAAAAACCAGUAGAACGCCAGGUUGAAGCACGGGGCGUGGAUGACUCAAUGAACUCUAUUGUCAAGUCCCUUUAUUUUGCAGAUACAUUCAUUCUAGAUGCCACUUCACACAGCCCAAGUCUGUGGGCCGGGACCAAUGGUGGCAUUGUAUUCGUGUACAAGAUAGUUCUGCCAGAGGCUGAGAAGAGAGAUUCAGACGCAGUGCAAUGCGACCUUUGUAAGGAAAUAAAGCUCCGUCAUCGUGCUCCUGUGAUAUCGAUCAGCGUUCUCGACAAGAGUGGCACCCCCCUGGCCCAUCCCAAUGCCACAGAUAGCAAGCAGCCCGAUAUGACAGGAUCGCAUUGUCUCCUCAUCUGUUCCGAGGAGCAGAUGAAGAUCUUCUCCCUUCCAAGCUUGAAGGCAAAGCUGAAGGAGAAGAUUACUGCACAUGAUGGCUGCCGCAUCCGUCGUGUAGACCUCAUUAGUAUUAGGAGUAAGAACGAUGAGGAAUACAUUUCUUAUGGAGCUGCCAUACUGAAUAACCACGGAGAGGUUUCCCUGUUCAACGUGCCGCAACUCUCCUUCCAAACCAAGCAUAACUGCAUCAAGAAGGGCGACAUCCACGGCAUCAACUCCUGCAUCUUCACUAACUUCGGCGAAGGUUUCUAUCUUGGAUCUCCGUCCGAGUUCGUACGGUUUGCGAUUACCGCGAAACAUUCAGUAAAGCCAUGCUACACCAUUGAGCUGAAGGAGGGGAUGAGACCGGUGCCCCCAGAGCCAGAACCAGAGGUCAAAGAAGAGGAGAAGACCGACACCAAGGUUGAGGAAGGUAGCAGCGAAGGUGACAAGACAAAGGAGGAAGGCGAUGGUGCCGAGGCUGAUCACUCUACAGCUGAUGAUUCCCAGGUUGAACACACACCUGCCACAGAUAUUACCAUUGAUAGUGUCAAGGAGUAUAUGACCAGCAGCGAGGCACAGUCCUCAUCAACCGUUACUGUUGAGCGAUCUUUCACCUCGUCAGUGACCACCAAGUCUUCGUCAGAGGUCACCGAAAUCAAGUCUGGUGCCGACGGGGAGGUCCAUGUUGCGUCAACAACCACAACGUCUGAGUCCCAUGUGAAAGAAAGUUCAGAUAAUCCCACUCCCGAAGCGACAUCGCAAUAUUCCUCCAACACCACAUCUUACACCAUCAAAAGUGAUGAAGAUGCCCUGAAGGAAAAGCUGGAGCACCUGGAGAACAAUGAACAUAACGGCCCCGUAUCUGAGGACCCCCCAGAGAAAAAACUUGAGGAGCUGACCCUCAACGAGCAAGCCGUGGAAAACUAAGUCAUCCGUCGUUGUAUUCAUAUGCAGUCGCCGUUGGUUAAAGAUGAACUCACCAGGUGGGACUGUGCAAGCGUUAAGUUGGAUCACACGUAUAAAGAUGAUGAAAGUUCACACAGCAUGUCUGUGUCCUGAUCAUGUACAAAUUUAGUUUAAAUGGAUAAUUAUGAUUAUGAAUGGAAGUAAUUAUUAGAGUUGUAUUACUUUAUGGACGAAUUGGAUAAUGACCAUAUUGUGAAUGCUAAAAUCUGUCCAUUUAUUCCACGUUCUGGUCAUAUGGGUUUAUUUGGGACAGUUAGAGCCGUCGUAGGGCAUUUAGGCACUGCCUUUGCAUUUUCUCGUGUGUAAUUCAAGCUUUGAGGCAUAGCAGUAUUUGGAUAGUAUGUGGUCCAAACACGCGCUUAGGCAAUCUAGUAGUAGACUGGUCACCUUCCGUGUAAUGCCCGCAGGAAUGGCGUGGAUGCAGUUGUGAGAAAUUGUUGAUGACCCAAUUUGAGAUUUUAGGAAGGUCUUUGUGAUCUUUUGUCGGCAUAUACUCAAUGAAUAUGCAUGUCUUGAAUAGCUUAUCUCUUAGCUUAGUUUACCGGGGUUUGAUAUUGUUUUCUGUGUAUCGCCAGAAGCGAAGCAUUUUAGGGAUAAAGGUGGCUAUUAUACACCAAAUAUUUUAUUGUCAUCUUGCUAAAUUAUGCUUCAAGUUUAGAAUUAACCCAUAAGGGGCCGAGGUCAAUUUCUUAACAAAAAUCACGGGGUACUUUAUACCUAAUAAUGUAAAUCUAAACCCCAGAACAAGGUCUUUUCAUGUUAUGGUGACUUUGACAGUGGUUUUACAUUUGGUAGCGUUGUACCUGCAUCAUCGAAUUUGAGAACUUCUCCCGCAAGAUUUUCUCUCCUGCAAUUCCCCAAGAAUUGAACCUUGGUCCUAACUGGGCUAAAUGCAUGUAUAACGUUCUUAUAGCAACUGCAUGUUGAACUGAUUAAAAAAAUAACCCGAGAAAACACUACUGUAUACAGUGUAAACGCAUGAUGAUUCGAUGUACUAUGUCUAUGCUUUCUUACAUGAAUUUUUGUGCAGACAAAAGCUAUUUCAUUUAGAAGUAAUUGUGCUGUCGAAUAUGAAAUUAUAUAUUACUAUAUAGAUAUUGUUGUUUGCUUACUGUGACAGCAAGUGAUAAGAAGAAAUCUGUAAUAUGCAUUGUUUCUUUUUAGAAAUCUUUUCUUUGGGGCUUUCCAGAAAGGACGAUCCUUUGGUCCAGUGGAUACAUGAUGCAGUCAAUUUUUUCUUAGUUUUUUAUCAAGACUACAGUGGGGUAUUUUGUGAUGAUUGACAAUUUUGUGCAAGUAUACACUUACAGUUAUUGUAAACCAGAUUUCUACGCUUCCUAGCUUAUUUUUCCGGGCUUACACUUUUGGUAAAGAAACAACUGAAACUUAAUAUAAAAUACAGUAGUAGUAAGUCGGGAUGUCUGAUUUUUGUAUUUAGUCACUUUAAUAGCAAGCGAGGAAGAUGAGAAACUGAAAACAGCCAAAUUUUUCCGGGCUUUUUGUUUUCGCAGAUUUUACGAGUAAUGUAAAUUUGCGAAGCUGAUCGAAACGCUAGAAGAAAUUUCUAAACCCGUCAAAAUAAAAAUUGUGAAAGUGUUUUUGUGAAUGGCAAAAAUGAAGCAACACAAAAAUUUGGCAGGUUAACAGUAAUAUCUUGUUUCUCUGUGAAGCUUAUUGAUUAUAAUAUUGUAUAGUUUUUAUAGUUAGUUACCGAUGGCUUUCUAAGCUUUGUUAUGUAGAAUUAAGUAUAACGAUGUGGUGGCUGGACAACUUAAGGCUUUAAAGUGUUAUGAAGCCGUCUUUGCGCUGUCCGAUCCAGAAAUGGGUUAGUAGAUGACUAGAUAUCCAUGGUUUGUGUUGUAUAAUUGUGGACUAUAGAUUAUGAAGACGAAGAAAUAUUAAUGUAUGUAAUAUCAUAUCAUGUAAUUGUCAGUGUAUCUGUAUUCACAGCAUCAUACGUAACUAAUAUUACAUUCACUUUGCCAACUUAGACACACCCAGACUCAGUAGGGCCGCUGGACCUGUAGGAGACACACCCAGUCUCGGAAUAGGGCCAGCGCACCUGUAUGAGCAGCAAUAUGUGUAAUACCCCCAGUCAUUGUAUUCAGUAAUGAGAUUGCACUGCAUUUGCUUGAGUUUCAUUCCAAAACAUUAUAUAUCGUUUCAAAGUUUUCACGAAUCGUUGGAAACAUUUGUUGUGAAAGAACAGCCAAGAGUUCAAGAUAAACUUCCUCUCUGUUGCUAACAUGGUGUGUAACAAUUUCAAGAGAAAGGUUGUGAACUGGAUUUGGUCUAUUGAAGUUAUGAGACUAGAGCCAUCCUUAGCACUUUUCAUGAAUAAGAUCUCGAGAUGCAUGUCUGUCAUUAGUUUUAACUCUUCGAUGACAAUAUAGCAAUAUUUGAUAACAUAUUUUCAAUGAAAUUUUAAAAGCAGACGUCUUCGAUCCUGUCGUCUGCUGCACGUAGAAGCUGAAUGAGUCUAAUCCACUAUAAAACGUGCUCUCAAAUCGAUGUAUAGUUUUCUGUGCUGUUACCUAUAUAACUGGGGUCAAAUUUCUGGUCUUUUAUAGCUGUCUUGGUGGCUUUUUAUUGGAACUUCCAAUAAUGUUUAUAUGUGAACAACGCCUAAUAAAAAAUUUUCAACUUUA